AUGCCUGGCAGGCCACUGCUCUUCGACUUACAGAGCCGAAAUAGCCCGAUAUGUCGAACGUGCCUGCUUGCCAUUCGGCAAAAGAUAGUGCCGCCGAGAGUUGCUGCGUACAGCUCACAAGCUCCCCCAAAGACCGAGGCAAAGCAGCCUUCUCGAAAUCAUGCUUCGAUUUCGAGACGUCCCACCAAGUCUGAGCUGGGGCAAUACCUCCAGGGCAUCAAAGAUUUGCAACAACAGUCAAGAAACAACGAAGACAGCCAAGGAUUCUCGGUACGGUUCUUCGAACAAGACGGGCAUAAGCGAAGCGAGGUACCAAACGGCGAGGCGUUCGAUGACUCCGUGGGAAAAUUAGACGGUUCCGAAUUGAAGGAGGCCCUCCGAGAUAUACAAGCCAGUUUGGGGUCAAAGGAAGAAAAGGAUGCAUUUCAAGCUGUGCUGCGUGAGAUUGGCGGCGACGUGAGUAGCGUCGAAUCUGCUAGGGAUUUGGAAAAGAUGAUGGAAAGGAUGGAGGCAUAUACGAAAUCAAUCGACGCCGAAAUUGAGAGUGCAGGCUCCAACUUGCCGAAAGAAGUACUAGAGGAGCUACAAAGGGACUUGAGGAAUCUGCCCCUGAGCGAUCAUGACUGGAGACCUCGGGUCGCCCUACCUCAAAUCUCCGAGAAGCCCUGGACACCAAAUCAACGCAAAAAGAUUAGCAGGCUCAACGUGAUUCUAGCACGAGCUUUUCGAGAAUCCCGUCGCGAAAAUGGGCUCACCAAGAACACCGUAUCAGCAGUGUACAAGGCCUAUCACGCGGCGAGAAUCACACUAGCUCGUAGUUGGGGCCAUGUUCCUAUCAACGUGUGGGACUUGCUUUGGACAGUCCUUUCUGCCGACGAAUCCAUCAACAUUCACCGAUUAGCUCACGUCUCGUUACUCGCGAGAGACAUGAGCGAGGCCAGAGUGACACUCAGCCCGUCGCAGCAACUCGUCACAAUUGAGGCAGUCUUUGUCGACGGCUGGGAAGCAAAGGCGAUUGAAAAUUGGAAACGUUGUGUCAGCACUCUCGGAGACGAAAAGGCCGAAACAUUCCAAGACUACUGGGAACUCGGUGUCCGGAUAUUCUGUCGGGCUGGUGAUUUGGAUCAGGCCGAGCGGGCUGCCAACAUACUGUUGAGCAAGCGCAUGGAUCCACGCAUAUUAUUGCCUCUUAUUCGAACAUGGUCUGAACAAGCAACUCCGAAAAGCCAAGAGCAGGCGUGGACUGCGUAUCGAAGGAUGCGAGAGUUGCUAGACAAGGAAAUGAGGCUAUCCGACUACGAUCAGGUUAUAUCAUACUUUUUAACAACAAAUCAGACCGAAAAUGCCCUGUUCGCAUUCGUCGACAUGAUGAGCGACGGAGAGAUCGACCUGAAGAAGCAAAAGUACAUGCCGUCGGUCGUGGCCAAUAAGUUCUUCUUGGGCAAAUGGCUCAAACGGCUGAUUGGCGCUGGAGAUCUCAACGGGGCUUUCAGCGUCGUGGAGUUUAUGCGCAAAAAGGGUGUGGCCGCGUCUCCCAUUCAUCUCAAUGGUCUCAUUGGUGCAUGGCAGAGAUCCGGGGGUGCAACUGAUCUAGAAAACGCAGACAGACUUGCGUGGGAAAUGAUUGAAUCUCGUAUCCGUUUCGUCAAGUCGCGGGCUGCGUCACCGGCCGGACCAGAGCCAAUUGCCUCCUGGCCGCGAGCAACGCUCGAAACCUUUUCUCUCAUGGCAGAGAACUACCGUCUGCGUGAAGUACACGCCCGCAUGGAAUCCCUCUGGGACGCCUUUCGCGAGUCGGAAAUCAGCCCAGACGCCUUCAUGAUGAAUCAGCUCCUCGAAUCAUACCUCCAGGCAGGUCAGCCCAAAGACGCACUUGAGCUGUACCGCUCCCUCGUCACGCAACGCGGCAUCUCCCCCGAUCCCUAUACAUUCAGCGCCCUGUGGAAAACUCUCCCCAUAAACAGGCUCCACGUCAUCUCUCCGUCUUCGCUGCCGGCAGAAAUCAUAUCCACGCGGCAACUAUUUUCCGAAACUGUCGGGUUCAAAUCCGUUUUCGAACCAGACGGCAUGGACGGCCAGCUCGCGCGUAAAAUUCUCCAUACGUUUCGCCGACUCAAAGACAACGCAGGCUUCCUUGUGGCGCUCGCCGCCCUGAAACAAGUAUUCAAAUUCUCACCCCCAGAGACGCUAGUCGUGGAACUUGUGCUUGGCACGACAAAACUAUCGUGGGAUAGUGCGUCGCAGAGAAAGCGUCUUAUUCUGGUCAAGAGGACACUGGAUAACGAGUUAUUGGCGUGGGCGGAAGGGGAUGUGAGCAAGCUGGAGGGCGAAAGAAGAGGGGAUGCCCUGUAUGAGUAUUUGCAAAGAAAGUUCUGGUUCGAGGGGACGGAUAAGCAGAGGAGAGAGGUUCUGAUGGAUGCGGCGGGGGAGAUGGGUAGUUUAGAUGUGUUGGCGCCCAAGUCGUGA